AUGUUCUGCAAAGCGUCCCUCAUCGCUGUCACCCUUGCCCUCAUCGCGUCUGCCUCGCCCGUCGAGCGCGACACCGGCAUCGCCCUCCCGCUGCAGAAGCGUGGCUCCCUCACCAAGUCCGAUGGCACCUUCGAUCACUCCAAGGCCAUCGCGUCCACCGUGAAGGUGCAGAACAAGUACCGCCAGAACUUGAUCAACCUCCAGCGUAAUGGCGGCAGCCUGCGCCAGGGAGCCGAGAUCAAGCCUCUCGCCAAGGUCCCCGCUUCCGUCCUCGAGAAGCGGCAGAAGGAGAAGUUGACCGACGAGGACGACGACACGGAGUGGGCCGGCACGAUCUCCAUCGGCACGCCCGCGCAGUCGUUCCUCAUCGACUUCGACACCGGGUCAUCUGACCUGUGGGUCCCUUCGUCUUCAUGCUCGAGCUCGGCCUGCUCCUCCAAGAAGAAGUACACCGCGUCCAAGUCCUCCACGGGCUCCAAGAAGAGCGGCACCUUCGAGAUUGAAUAUGCUGACGGCUCCACGGUCUCUGGCCCCAAGUACUCCGACACCGUGACCGUCGCCGGCAUCAAGGUCACCGGCCAGUACUUCUCGCCCGUGACCACGCUCUCCAGCAGCUUCAAGGACGACCCCAUCGACGGCCUCCUAGGCCUCGCAUACCCCAGCAUCUCAAACCUUGGCAAGACGCCGUUCUUCAACAAGGCGGUCAGCCAGGGCACGGCGUCCAAGAACGAGUUCGGCUUCAAGCUCGCGUCCUCUGGAUCCGAAUUAUACCUCGGUGGCACCGACAGCUCGAAGUACUCGGGCUCGAUUGAGUACCACGACGUCGACACCUCCUCCGGCUUCUGGCAGGCGACCGGCGCCAAGGCCAAAGUCGGCUCCAAGACGGUUGUGUCCGGCUUUGAUACCAUCAUCGACUCCGGAACUACUAUCAUGUACGGUCCCCCGGCCUCGGUGAAGAAGGUCUUCGCUGCCGUUUCCGGCUCGAAGCUCUACGACUCCACCAACGGCUACUACAGCUACCCGUGCGACUCUCCCCCGAAGAUCUCCUUCAACUGGGGUGGCAAGGACUGGGAGAUCUCUUCUGACAACCUUUCCCUCGGCGAGACCGAGAGCGGCUCCGGCGAGUGUGUCAGUGCUCUCGCUGCGCAGGACCUCGGCCUCGGCGACGACGUCUGGCUCCUCGGUGACAGCUUCAUGAAGAACGUCUACACUGCGUUCUCCUUCUCUAAGGAUGCGGUCGGCUUCGCUGAGCUCUCUUAG